AUGGGUCGACUAAAGGGGAGACAGAAGGAAGAAAGGGAGGAACAUAUCAGAUUAGCAAUUGAGCGAUACCAAACUUCUAAGGACCCAUCUAUUAGGGAAUGCGCCGAGACUUUUAAUAUACCCUACUCCACUUUAAGGGACCGCCUGCAGGGAAAAAGUUCAAGAAGAGAUAGUCACCGCAGACAGCAGCUACUCAGCGAGCAUGAGGAAAAAUCGGUUGUGGCAUGGUGCAUCCGUAUGGAUGAUUGGGGAUUUCCGCUCAAAUUAUCCCUAGUCAAAGAGAUGGCCGCCUAUCUUAUUAAAAAGCGGAAUAGUGGACACAAGCUAGGUGUUCAUUGGUUAGGGCGGUUCCUAGAUCGCAAUCCAGAAAUAGCUUCUCGAUUCUCAAGUAGGCUUGAGCGACAGCGUGCAUUUGCUGAUAAUCCUAUUUUAUUGAAGGACUAUUUCCGGCUGUUACAAGAUGUGAUACGGAAAUACAAUAUCCUACCUAAAAACACUUAUAACAUGGACGAGAAGGGGUUUAUGAUGGGCAUAGCGGCCAAGUGCAAGAUCAUCUGUCGGCGAGCUAGGAAAAAUCCGCGUCUUACACAUAAUGGGAGUCGCGAGUGGGUGACAGUAAUUGAGGCUGUCUCUGGAGCUGGAGAAGCAUUACCGCCUAUGGUAAUAAAUCAAGGAAUGGCCCAUUAUAAAGGUUGGUAUGCAGGCGUUAAGGGGGACGAUAUCGCUACUUUUAGUUACUCUCCCAAAGGCUGGACCGAUUCUUUUUUAGGAAUGGAGUGGUUAAUACAGAAUUUUGAUAAAUUCACUGCCGACAAGUAA